AUGGUUGACGGCCGGGUGGAGGUGCUCGGGUUGGGGAGCUGGGGACCAUGCGCGGUGCCGGCGGAGAUUGGGCGUCUGAGUGCGUUGAGGGAGUUGGACCUCUACAACAGCCAGCUGACGAGCGUGCCGGCGGAGAUCGGGCAGCUCACGUCGCUGGAGAAGUUGAACCUCUACUGCAACCAGCUGACGAUCGUGCCGGCGGAGAUCGGGCAGCUCGCGUUGCUGGAGAGGUUGCGCCUCGGCGGCAGUAAGCUGACGAGCGUGCCGGCGGAGAUCGGGCAGCUCACGUCGCUGGUGGAGUUGAACCUCGGCGGCAAUCGGCUGACGAGCGUGCCGGCGGAGAUCGGGCAGCUCACGUCGCUGGAGAAGUUGAACCUCUACUGCAACCAGCUGACGAUCGUGCCGGCUGAGAUCGGGCAGCUCGCGUUGCUGGAGAGGUUGAACCUCGACGGCAAUCAGCUGACGAGCGUGCCGGCGGAGAUCGGGCAGCUCACGUCGCUGACGGAGUUGGACCUCGGGCGCAACAAGCUGACGAGCCUGCCGACAGAGAUCUGGCAGCUCACGUCGCUGACGUGCUUGCACCUCCAAGGCAAUCAGCUGACGAGCGUGCCGGCGGAGAUCGGGCAGCUCGCGUCGCUGAAGGGGUUGGACCUCUACAACAAUCAGCUGACGAGCGUGCCGGCGGAGAUCGGGCAGCUCGCGUCGCUUGAGAAGUUGCGCCUCGACAACAACCAGCUGGCGAGCGUGCCGGCGGAGAUCGGGCGGCUCACGUCGCUGACGGAGGUGGACCUCAGCUUCAAUCGGCUGACGAGCGUGCCGGCGGAGAUCGGGCAGCUCACGUCGCUGACGGAGUUGCACCUCCACAUCAACAAGCUGACGCGCGUGCCGGCGGAGAUCGGGCAGCUCGCGUCGCUGGUGAGGUUGCGCCUCGACAACAACCAGCUGACGAGCGUGCCGGCGGAGAUCGGGCAGCUCACGUCGCUGGAGUGGUUGGGCCUUGGCGGCAAUCAGCUGACAAGCGUGCCGGCGGAGAUCGGGCAGCUCGCAUCGCUGGAGAGGUUGUUACUCUACGGCAACCAGCUGACGAGCGUGCCGGCGGAGAUUGGGCAGCUCACGUCGCUGGAGUGGUUGGGCCUCAACGGCAAUAUACUGACGAGCGUGCCGGCGGAGAUCGGGCAGCUCACGUCGCUGAAGGAGUUGUACCUCCACGGCAAUGAGCUGACGAGCGUGCCGGCGGAGAUCGGGCAGCUCACCUCACUGCAGAGGUUGUACCUCGGCGACAAUCAGCUGACGCGCGUGCCGGCGGAGAUCGGGCAGCUCACGUCGCUGACGGUGUUGGGCCUCAACAGCAACCAGCUGUCGAGCCUGCCGGCGGAGAUCGGGCAGCUCACGUCGGUGGAGAGGUUGGACCUCAGGUGCAAUGAGCUGACGAGCGUGCCGGCUGCGAUACGCGAGCUCAGAGCGGCUCCUUGUUUCUGCUCCUUGUUUCUGGAUGACGGCGUGACGGUGGACGAGUAG